CCUCAAAAAUUAAUCCCAAACAAAAUUACCAUGAGGAUGAGCUGUAAUGGCUGCAGGAUCCUGCGUAAGGGCUGCAGCGAAAGUUGUAUCAUUAGACCUUGUCUUCAAUGGAUCAAGUCCCCUGAUUCUCAAGCCAAUGCUACUCUCUUCCUGGCCAAGUUCUAUGGCCGUGCUGGCCUCCUCAAUCUAAUAGAAGCCGGCCCUGAAAACCUUCGCCCUGCUAUUUUUAGGUCACUUUUAUAUGAGGCUUGUGGGCGUGUCGUAAAUCCAGUUUAUGGGUCAGUUGGUAUGCUCUGGUCCGGCAACUGGGCUGAGUGCCAAGCCGCCGUUGAUGCAGUGCUCGAGGGCUCGCCGAUAACCCAAACUUCUUAUUCUGAAUCACUUGCGCAGCAACCGAUCUCCCAUCUCAAAACCUAUGACAUCCGUCACGUCUCCAAGGACCCUAAGCCAGCUGACAUUGGCAAAGUCAAGACACGCACUCGUUUCAAGCGAUCGGCGACUAGGUCCAAGCGACAGGUUGGUUCGCCCAGUAAUGACUCGUGGAUGAGCCAAUUCGCAAAUGGUGACAGCAAAGAAGAUGAGAGCAUGUUCUCUGGGGAGACUGUGGAGGGUUCGCUGGUGAACCAGACCAAAAAGGUUCCUGCUUUCAAGUUUGCAAGCCAAAUCAAGGAGAGUACUGAUGUUGGGUUAGAACUGACUCUUGGAUUGGCUCCUGCAGCGACGCAAUUACCUCACAUGUGAGAUAGAAAUCAAUCCAUCAUAAAUUGGUAGAUGUAAACUGCAUUUGGGUACAAGUUAAUCCUCCUCUGUGCUUCAUAGAAGCAAAUUUGGCUAUAAAGACAUCAACCCUUUGUUAAGCUUGUUUCUUUUAGUUUGAUGAAAAACAAAUGUUCGUGGUUUUUUUUUUCCCUUUAAAACUAGGAAACAGAUAAAUCUACUUCAUAGAAUUUUUAUUUUAUAAACAAUUGAUCAUCUGUGUAUCAAAUAUCGGAACAAAAGAAAAACAAAUGCAUUACUUCUCUUUUUCGCCCAUGAGUACUUGGAACAUAAUUGGGUUCAAGCUCUUUGGUGCUACAAACUAAAAGAAGGGUAAUGAAGAAUUCUUCAAUGGAGUUUUCUAAU